AUGUCCGGAAAUGCUGUUAGAAUCGUCGAAGUCGGUCCUAGAGAUGGGCUGCAGAAUAUCAAAGAUGUAGUGCCGACUGCGACGAAGAUCGAGUUGAUCCGAAGACUUGCUCAGACCGGGUUACGGACGAUCGAGGCGACAUCAUUCGUAUCACCGAAAUGGGUUCCACAGCUUUCAGACGCAAGAGAUGUGAUGGAAAGCAUGAGGUCUUCUGUUGUACAGGGCGAUGUCUCAUAUCCGGUUCUGGUUCCUAAUAUGAAGGGAUUGGAAGCAGCGAUGGUGCUUGGUGUCCAAGAGAUCGGCAUCUUUCUCUCAGCGACCGAUGGCUUCAGUCGUAACAAUAUCAACUGCAGCGUGGAGGAAUCACUUGUCAGAGCCCGAGCAGUUGUAGACAAGGCUCGGGGUCAAGGGAUUCGAGUCAGAGGGUACCUGUCUUGUGUUGUUGACUGUCCUUAUGACGGCCGUACAUCGCCAGCAACAGUGCUGAAUAUGGCAAAGAAGAUGCUAGACAUGGGCUGCUUCGAAAUCAGUCUCGGCGACACGACAGGAACGGCUACACCAAAAGACGUCCGUCGGCUUCUCGAGAUAUUACUAAGAGAGAUUCCCGCGGUAAAACUUGCUGGACAUUUCCACGACUCGUACGGUCAAGCCGUUGCGAACGUCAAGGAGGCCUAUCAAAUUGGUAUCAGGGCGUUCGACAGUAGUGUAGGUGGCCUGGGAGGUUGUCCGUACAGCCCCGGAGCAAAGGGCAACGUCGCAACCGAAGAUGUGGUGUAUCUUUUCGAAAACAUGGGCAUCGACACCGGAGUGGAUUUGACCAAACUUGCGAAUAUCGGCGACUGGAUUUCUCAACAGCUCCGUACACCAAACGGUAGUCAAGUCGGCGCAGCUUUCGUUGCAAGCAGUAAACGAGCCGCAGAAGUCGAGGUUCUCUCGAGAGAGUCGUCCGGAACCACGAUCGAAUGGCAACUCCUGCCGGAUCUCGUGUGUUGA